GAAGAAAGUGUUGUCUAUAGAAUCAAAAAGGCUAAUGGAGUCUUAGUGAUGUUGGCGCAUGAAGUGGAGCUACAGCGUGUUCGUGAAACGGUCCGCCACGCUGAGGAUCGGUUCAAUCGUGGUCGUAAUUAUCCUUGGGUCAUUCUUUCUUCUAUUCCCUUCACAGUUCGCUCACGGAAUUUGGUAAAGCAACUAUCAAAAGGUUCAAUAACUUUCGGACUCAUUCCUCAUGAUCAAUGGCGGCUUCCCAAAUGGAUUGAAGCGGCCAAGGUCAGGAAUGCAGACUAUACAAGGAAAAAACUAGGCAUGAAUAAGACAUCACUACUUACAAGGCACAAAUGGCGAUAUACAAGUGGAUAUUUAGCGCAACAUGAGCUAUUGGACCCAUAUGACAUUUUUUGGCGAAUCGACCCAGGUGUGGAAAUAUUUUGUGAUAUUGAGGAGGAUCCUAUGUUGGCUAUGGAGGCUUCAGGGAAGAAACUGGCAUGGUCGUUGUCUUCCUCAAUCAACGAAAUCGGUGUUCCAGGAGCAUGGACAAUCAUUCAAAAAUUUAAGGAAACACAUCCAGAACUUAUAUCUGACUCUAAUGACGAGAGCUUUUUGAUGAGGGAAUCCAAAGAUGCUUUUGCGGCGUGUACAUACAGCGUCGAGAACUCAAUAGGACGUGUCGAUUUCUUUCGCUCGCCUGAGUACAAGGCGUACUUUGACUUUAUUGAUCAAGAAGGACCUAUCUAUUAUGAGAAAUGGAAUGAUGCGGCCGUGGUGACGAUUGGGUUAUCGCUUCUUAACCGCCGGACAGAUAUCACGUUCAUGAAGAACCUUGGAUGGCGUCUAGAUUCAAGCACUGCUCCGAUUGCGUACUGUCCUCAAGAUUGUCCCUGUGACCCACAAUUGAAC